AUGACCUCAUCAGUCUCUGAACAAACCUUAUGCAAAGAGAAGCACAUAAAUUUCAUAAUAGAACAAGAAUCCAAUCGUUCGUAUGAGUACUGGCUAAGUGAACAUCUACGUAUGAACGGGUUAUACUGGGGUGUGACAGCAUUAGUAACAAUGAAGAGCCUCAAUGAAACGACACUAUCACAAGAGGAAGUGACCAAAUAUGUAUUGAGUUGUUGGGAUGAUAGAUUUGGUGCAUUUGGUUCAUUUCCUAAACAUGAUGCUCAUAUACUUUCAACUUUAUCAGCACUUCAAAUUUUGAAAAUUUAUGAUUCUGAUUUGUCUAUAUUGAGUGAUGAUCGAAAACAACGACUCGUCAGAUUUAUAAAAGAAUUGCAAUUGUCCAAUGGCAGUUUUCAAGGUGAUAAAUUUGGCGAGGUAGAUACACGAUUCACUUACACAGCGGUAUCGGCAUUGUCCUUACUAGAUGAGUUAACGUUGGAUAUAGUUGACCCUGCCGUCGAUUUCAUCAUGAAGUGUUUGAACUUUGAUGGUGGAUUUGGUCUAGUACCUGGGUCAGAGUCGCAUGCUGCUCAAGCAUUUGUAUGUGUUGGAGCACUUGCAAUAAUGGAUAAAUUAGAUGUUCUUGCGGGUGGAUUGGAUGAAAAGAUUUCCGGUUGGUUAAGUGAGCGUCAAGUCUUACCUUCAGGCGGGUUUAAUGGUCGUCCCGAAAAGUUACCUGAUGUGUGUUAUAGUUGGUGGGUUUUAUCGACGUUAUCUAUUCUAGGGAAAGCACACUGGGUGAAUUUGGAAAAAUUGGAGGGAUUUAUAUUAAACUGUCAAGAUCUUGUUGACGGCGGAAUCAGUGAUCGUCCUGAUAAUCAAACUGAUAUAUACCAUACUUGCUUUGGGAUAACUGGUUUGAGUUUGAUUGAUUAUGCUAAGUUUGAACUUGAUGAAAUUGAUCCUGUUUAUUGUAUGCCAAAAAGAGUGACGAAAGAUUUCAAAAAAUCAAAAACGAAGUGA